AUGGAGAAUAGCAGUCUCGACAACGUAGCCCGUGACCCUUUGAGGGAGUUUAUCAUCCCAAACCAUGGACAACGAUGGAUUAUCUCCAUUACAACUCUAAUACCUAUUGCCUACGCCAACCGCAGUCUUCUAGGCCAAGGCCUCAUGUGUCUUGGGCUUAUGAUAGGUACAUUGGUAGCUGAAGCCUUUUUCAGUGGCCGAUUAGAGGACGAAAUCAUUGGAAGAAUAAGGGCAGAGAAGGAUUCAACCCGAGAUGCGAAUCUGGUAUUGGAGUGUCUUGUUCGUUUCGAUGUCAUACUCAUAAGCCCAAGCAGUUCCUUGAAGCAAUACAGUCCCGUCACUCUAGAUGCAGCCCAGGGCAUCAGGUAG